GCACAACGGCAACUCCGGAGUUGUUCAGAGGCAGGUAAACAAAAUGGCGGCUGCCUAACAACUGAACUCCUGCAGGAGGGAGGAGAGGCGAUGCUGCAUGGAGCGGAGCAACGGCAACAGCAGCCGGAGGAGCCCGAGGAAUCCGAGCCGAUCCUGGCGGCUUUCAGAGACUAUCUGGAGAUGGACGAGGUGGUUGACUACAUCAGUGAGAACGACCUGAUGGGAGUGGACACUUUCAUCCACAGGAUAGACUCUACCGACGUGAUCUACCAGCCCAGGAAGAAACGGGCCAAGAUAAUCGGCAAGUACCUGAUGGGCGACCUGCUGGGCGAAGGCUCUUACGGCAAAGUCAAGGAGAUGCUGGACUCCGAGACCCUCUGCAGGAGGGCCGUCAAAAUCCUCAAGAAGAAAAAGCUGCGGAGGAUCCCAAACGGGGAGGCGAAUGUGAAGAAGGAAAUCCAGUUGCUCAGGAGACUACGACACAAAAAUGUAAUCCAGUUGGUAGAUGUGCUAUAUAAUGAUGAAAAACAAAAGAUGUAUAUGAUAAUGGAAUACUGCGUGUGUGGAAUGCAAGAAAUGUUGGACAGUGUCAGCGAUAAGAAAUUUCCAGUUUUUCAAGCUCAUGGGUACUUCUGCCAGCUAAUUGAUGGUCUAGAAUAUUUGCACAGUCAAGGGAUAGUCCACAAAGAUAUUAAACCAGGGAACCUUCUACUAACGACAGAUGGCACUUUGAAAAUCUCAGACCUAGGAGUAGCUGAAGCACUACACCCUUUUGCAGAGGAUGACACGUGUAGAACGAGUCAAGGAUCACCAGCAUUCCAGCCUCCAGAAAUUGCAAAUGGACUAGAUACAUUUUCAGGGUUCAAGGUGGACAUUUGGUCUGCAGGGGUGACAUUGUACAAUAUCAGAACAGGUCUUUAUCCGUUUGAGGGGGAUAACAUCUACAAACUAUUUGAAAACAUUGGGAAAGGGGAGUACGCCAUUCCGGAGGAAUGUGGACCGUUGUUGACAGAUUUAUUGAAAGGAAUGCUUGAAUAUGAUCCCGUGAAAAGAUUCUCAAUACAACAGAUUCGACAGCACAAUUGGUUUCGGAAAAAACAUCCUCAGACAGAAAAUCCCGUUCCUAUUCCUCCAAGCCCAGAGACCAAGGACAGAUGGAGAAGUAUGACAGUGGUGCCUUACCUGGAAGACUUGCAUGGUUAUAAUGAUGAUGAAGAAGAUCUGUACAAUGAAGAUGUGGAAGAUGAAAUAAUUUAUACUCAGGAUUUUACAGUACCGGGACAGGUGCAGGUGCCUGAAGAAGAAAUUGAGCAAAACGGCCAAAACAGGAGCAAAGGCAGCCACAAAACAAUGUGCAUGAAUGGCACUGAGGCAGGACAGUUUAACAACAAGGUCAAAAAUGAACGGAGGUCGAGCUCUUCUUCCAAUCCAUCCCGCAAAGCCUCCACCAGUAGCAGCAAAAUUCGGAAACUCUCUGCAUGUAAACAACAAUGACCCAUCUGUAAACUCUGUGUGGUAUGUACUGGAGCUUCCAUUAAAUUAUAUUUGAACUGGACUCUAUCUUUAAUGGGACAGUCCAAUUGUGUAUAUAAGUUUAUGAAGGAAUGGAGACUCUUCAUUGAUUCAUAGCAAUCAGAAUAGGGCCAUUAGUCUCUGUGAGAUAUGACUAUAAUAGUGAGCUUGACUUUAACUGUCACUUCAUAGUGUGACAGAUGGUUUUAAACUAUGUCUUUCCAGUUCAAACAUAAUAAAGAGGGUACAAUUGAACUGUAAUUGAAUGGAAACCCAACACAGUCACCACAUGCCAUAUUCGUAUUGCAAUAUAUAACAUUGUAGUAUGAUCUGAUUGAUGCUUCGCUGAAGUAUAUUUGGUCACUCGUAUUUUGCACUGGGUUAUUAUUGUCAUAUCCUUUGUUCACUUAUUUUGAGAACAGUCUUUGUUUCUCUCAGUAUUUUUUGUAUACUUGAAGGUGUGUUUUAUUUUUCUGUAAACAAGCUAAUUUUUUUAAAACAAAAAUUAGCGAUCCCGUUCAUUAGUUUUACAAAGCGAAUUUUCAGGUAAUAAGUAUAAUUUGUACUUUUACAAUAUAUUAGCGACAAGUAUGUCACUCCAUCCUCAUCCCCAAGUUCCUCUUGCUAUUCACUGUAGUUUAGGUUUGUUUCUAUGUAAAAUGUUAUGUACAAAGAGCAUCCGUAGUAUUGAAAGAACUAGCAAGAUCUGUCAAUACAUUAGGUCAGCAGUAUGCCAGAAGCUCCUAUAAGGGAGCCAGUAUAAUGCUUUCCGGCUUAAAGCACCGUUUGAGACAUGAUGUGAUGGAAUAUAACUUUGUUGGAUGGAAAACUAUCCAUUGAGGGCCAGCUGUCAGUUACGCACCCAGUUUGAGUUUCCCUUUUUUUUUUUAAUAAGUGAGAAGAAAAAUCUAGCACUAUGUAUAAUGGUGGCAAAUUAAUGGUAGCUUGAUGGUGAAAGAUAAAAUCUAUCCCAUUCUAUCAUAAUAGUGUUAAGUACUCUGAGAAUUGUUUGUGGCCAAGUUAUACUUUAAACUUAACAUGUGCCUCUGGAGGAUUUGAUUUGCAAACAGUGUUCGCUGCAUGUGUCCCUUCCAGGAGUAACUCUCAAUGCACAAACCCCGAGUGCUGUAACUUGCAGCAGCUACCCAGAAACACAAAUAAAUUAAUCAUAACAUGGUACAUUGGUAGACUUGAAUAUCUGAUUGUUUUGGAUCUUGAACAUGUAACUGAAGCUUUAUGUAAGAACCCGUCCACAUUGUGAGGUUACAUGGCGUAUAUUCUCAGAAUUCCAAUUCUUUAGUGCAGGAUUGUAAUUUUUUUUUUUAAUUGAAUGUGUUAAAGGAGCAGUACGUUAUUUGUUUUCUUUAACAGAUUAUCAUUCUCCCUUCUCCCUGUAAAACUGUCAUUUAAUGUCAUCUGAUUAUUAACAUCUUUAAUACAGUUUCUACACUUGCCCAUGGAAGAAAUACCAUUCUUCUGCACUGCAGCGGGAUGACUACAGACAUCUAAUCUUCUCAAACAAAUUGACAGUGCUGAACAAAAAGCCUGCUGAUUCUUCCAGUUUUGUUUUCAUGAGUGUUGGUGCAUUUGACUGAUUGUUAGUAAUAGCAUUAAAUGUAGGUAUUUUCUCUAUCCAACCCUUAUCCAGGACAUUCUGCUCCUUUAAGUUGGAAAAUUGACAUUUUUUAAAUUAUCACUUCGGUAUGUUGAAAAAUUGUAUAGCAAACCAGUUGUUGGUAGAAAAUAGUUGGUGAUUGAAAGUUCACAGCUGCUUUGAAAACCAUUAAAAAAAAAAAUUAAAUGGAACUUAUUUGUAAAUGAAUACCUUUUUGUUUUUGUAUGAUUUCAUACAGAAAUGCCAUUGUAUUUUACCUUUCCUUUCUAUUUAUUAACCACAGUAGACUGAGGUGUCAUCACCAUUGCAUAUAAUGUGUGUUUAUAUUGUGCUUCCUAAAGGGUUAUCACAGUUGUUGGAUAGCACACAAGAAAAUUUAAAUAACAUUUCCCCCAGUUUUCUAGUGUUGCACUGUGAUAAUAGUAGUAUGCAUGUUAUAGUAGCCAAACUCCCAAAAGUCACACCGAUUCCAAUUUUGUAGAAAUUUUGGUUAAUACUUUGAGUGAUCUUACCGACUAUUUCUCUUGUUGCAGGUGUUGUAUUGAAUUAAAUAAAAUUAUUUGAAAGCCCUUUGCAUUCAAAAGCACCCACCUUUGUAACAGCUUAGUGUGUGUGUUUAUGGAAUUCAUUGAAAAUAUAUUUUAAAAAUGGACACAUUCUGCCUUCAUGGCACUGCAGCAAAGUAUUUUACCCUUUAAGGACUUGCCUCGUGCAACUAAUGAAAAUGCAAAUGAUGUUCAGGGACAUCUAAGAGGAAUUAAAUAUUAAGUCAAUUUGUUGAUUGGCAUAGUUGUACUUUCUGUUCAUGGGGACCAUCAGUGGUAAAGUGGCACAUUUGAAGAUUUCUGGAAUAGACCAAAAACUAUUGCCUAUUAAAUAACUCUGUCAGUGCAUCCUAGCCUAGAAUUCCAGAAAGGUCUAAUAUCCGUGGACAUCCCAGAAAACCUUUAAUGCGAAACCUUUUUUGCAAAAAUCAAUCAAUGAUUUAAACCUGGAAGGAAUUGUGAUAUCAUUUACCAUCCCCUUUAGAUGCCCUACAUAUUGUUAUUGCAAAAAUAAGUUUGAUUUUUUUCCAUCAGUUUAGGAUUAUAUUAGUUUUCUAUGAUUUUGAAUUCUAUGUAAUAUUAGUUUUUGUUUUCCCCAAAUGGAGUUCAAUUUAAACAGCUAUGUUUAAAUCAUAAUGUUUACUGUACAAAAUGAUGCAGCUUGUUGCCAUUUAUAGUACAGUUUCAAUCUUUUUAAGUUUGUUCAGAUGUAGGGUUUAAUAAAACUGCUUUGAUGAAUGGACAUUUGUAUUUUAGAAGAGACUUUAUGUGAAGUGAUGAGUACAAAUGUUGUGACGCAAAAGUUUAAUUGGAUUUAAAUGCCUAAUCCUAAAAAUAAACAAAACAUCAUAAUUUAACAAGUACUGUGAUCGACUCGUUAGUUUUAGUUUUAAAGUUGGCAUUGAACGAAUGCACAUUCUAAAUGUAGAUUUGUUUAGUUUUGUGCUUUAAACUGUGCAAUAAAACAUUUCAGUUUUUAAA